GCUGAAUAAUUUAUCUCAGAUCCAGGCUUCCAGAAGUCUACAUCUUCACUUUUAGUGUGGUCUCAAGAAAGUUUCUUUCAACUUAGACUUUUAUGACUGAUGAGUUUUCCCAGUCUUCGGAGUCACCUGAAGGAUUCUACAAAGCGUCAGCUUGCUCCUUGCCAUCCAGCACACACCCACGGUAACCAGAGGCCACCACCAUGACAAGGGACCAGAAUGGAACCUGGGAGAUGGAGAGUAAUGACAACUUUGAAGGCUACAUGAAGGCCCUGGAUAUUGAUUUUGCCACCCGCAAGAUCGCCAUCCAUCUGACUCAGACGAAGAUCAUUGAGCAAGACGGCGAUAAGUUCAAGACACAAACCAAGAGCACAUUCCGUAACUAUAAUGUGGAUUUCACAGUCGGGGUGGAGUUUGAAGAGCAUACAAAGGGCCUGGACAACCGGAAAGUUCAGACUCUGGUUGUCUGGGAAGGCGAUGCCCUUGUGUGCGUGCAGAAGGGGGAAAAGGAGAACCGAGGCUGGAAGCAGUGGGUUGAGGGGGACAAGCUCUAUCUGGAGCUGACGUGCGGUGACCAGGUGUGCCGUCAAGUGUUCAAGAAGAAGUGAUGGUUUAAGGAGGGCCUACUGAGCGUGCAUGCCACACUCCCUGUGAAGAGUUCUCUGCCAGCAUUGGGGAGCAGCCAUGGGGACCCUCCUGGUCCUGACAGAGCCCAUUAAGAUAUCUCGACCUCUCCUGCUUCUGAGAUGGCCCACACUAUGUCUAUGGAGUGUGUUUCCUCCCUGAAUAAACCUUUUUUCUCUUUCAGUUCA